GUAUCGUUGAAGACGACACAGUCGCAUCCGAAGCCGCGUGACUGAGGGCUGUGGACAGUAUGGCUUCUUCCACCCAACUUCUCUUUUUUUUGUGCGUGUAUGCUUGUGUCUUUGUUGAGGGUGUCCGUCUCAGACCUACGACAAAAAGCCCUGCCUCUGGGCUUAGGAUUUCUGCUGAGCAGCGCAGCGCCACAGAGAGCCCACUAGCAGCUAGAACAGGAACUCUUCACAACCAUAUUGCAGUUUCCGCUCCGGUUCAGUCCACAGGGUUUCUUGCUGACGCUACUACAUCGCCUGCAGUGUCACCAUGGUUUCUAAACCCCAUUAGCAUCAAUAUCCCUAUACCAAACCCAUCAGCAGGGUCGAUACCAGUUGUGUUGCUGCCUGUACCUGUGCCUAUGCAAUCUGAGUGUAGAGCACCUGCACUGCAGAUGCCAAUCCACCGCCAAACAUCUGAAAAAGCAGCCCCUGUAGAUCACACACCUCAGCUAGACCCUGGUUAUGAAGAACCUGAAGAAAUUGACCGAACUAACCUACCACUCACAACAAGCUCACCAACACAUGGUACAUCCAAGUCCGUGCCACUGGAGUUCCCCGGCUAUGUGGUACCAAAGGAAAUCGACCAAGGCUUCAACAUCCCGCCCCUAACGACCAACUUCACGUCAGAGGAGCUGGUGCAGUUAUUCCUGUCGCAGACUCCAAGAGCACCGUAUCUGCCGCCUUUAUUGCUAUCAGCACACGACCAGACAGUACGGCAGGUGGACGCCGGACCAUCGCCCCAAGCCCCUGAGGCUCACCAACCAUCUCAGGCGGCCCCAGUUUCUCAUCCGCAAAAACCUAGCUUCUCCAGUUCUCUUCAAAUUGAGGCUGAGCUUAGAGUCCCGAGUUCUGACUAUACCGAACGCUAUAAGCUCUGGUUUGACGGCGGCAGCAAAGCAGCUCGUGUCGAAUUUCAUGAUGGUUCAAGUGCCACUUAUCGUACCUUCUCCACUGAGGGGAAAGUGAAGCGAUUUGAGGUGCUUGUAGAUAGAUCAAGUGAAGCUAACGUUCGUCGCUGCGCCCGCGCCGAGCCAAGCCCUGCUACCCCGACCGACCGCAUCCCACCAGGUCUCCCAGACAUAAGACAGUUCGAAUUCGAAGGCUACGUAGAAACAGAAAAUAACGCUGUACCAGUAGAGCGGUGGGGGCGUAUAGUAGCAGGCGCAGAGGGAGAAUUAGGCGCAGCAAAGAAGGAGAGGCUUACAGCCCGACAUGAACUGCUUUUGACACGCACAACAACCGGAAACACAGUGCCAAUCCAAUACACCGUCACUAUGAAUAGCUCUCUGCUAGGAGAAAAUGUCGAUUUUUAUCAACACAGAUACAUGGUUGUUAACCACGUCGAAAUAGAACAAGAUUUCUUUAAACCAAAUAUAGAGGAAUUGUGUGACCGCGUCGAGAGGUUGGAUAACGUAAAACCAGAACAAUUGGCACGUCUGGAGCCACUGCGCGAGUUUACUCAAAUGCCUGCGCGCGACACGCGUUACGACCAAAUCUUUGAUAAGUUUAAGGCAAAAUAUGGGCGCGUAUAUAAAGAUGCUCGUGAAGAGGCGGUUCGCAAAAGCGCUAUGGUGACAUUCGUACGUUUCAUCAACUCCGCUAAUCGCCAAGGCUCCACUGCUCGAUAUGGUAUAAACAACUUCUGCGAUCGUGUCGAUGCCGAGCUACAACAGAUGCUCGGAGUCGAGAUACAUCCUGGUGACAUUGACAACGCUGAACCGUUCCCGUACUCGAGGCGAGAAGUAAGCCGCCGUGAGCCAAGGCUUCCCGAUAGAUUUGACUGGCGGCCCCGCGGAGUCGUCUCACCCGUCAAACGACAAGUGCACUGCGAGUCAUGCUGGGCGUUCGCAGUAAGCGGUGCGGUCGAAGGAUCUCUGGCGUUGCGUACCGGUCAGCUAGUGCCACUGUCACCACAGAACUUGGUUGACUGCGCACAUCCUUUUGGAGGGCGAGGAUGUAAGGGUACCUGGCCUUCUCACGCAUAUGAUUACACCAGGGAGCGCGGCCUUCGGGCAGAUGAGGAAUACACCUACACGGAUUCAGUCAACAAGUGCCUCGAAGAGUCUGUUCAGCCCGUCACCCGCAUAUCAGGCCACGUCAAUGUUACACGCCGCAGUGUACCUGCACUUAAGGUGGCGAUAAAACAGCACGGGCCGACCGUCGUGAUCAUAGAUGGGCUUAACAAGGCUUUCAUCACCUACUCCUCAGGUGUACACUAUGAUGAACGCUGCGGAAAUGUUCCAAGACCGCUGAACCACGCCGUUCUGGCGGUAGGAUGGGGCAAGCGGGAGGGAGAAGAGUUCCUAACCAUCAAGAAUUCGUGGGGCGCCGAUUGGGGAGAGCACGGCUUUGCAAGACUUCAAUCACGAUCUAAUACGUGUGGCGUGCUCAACAUGCCAUCAUACCCACUUCUCCAUCGUCAGGACGUGUUACGCAAAGAUUUGAAGAGUACGAGGGUUGUUCGUGCAGAGGAAUGAAUUUUGUGAAAGUGUCAUAGUAGAAUAAAAUAUUUUUACACUGUU